GGCAAUAACAAACUAAACUCCCGGAAACCCAUGGCGCUGUCCCUCGGCAUUAGUUCCCUGGUCAUCGCUUAAACCUCGCUAAAAAGAAGGAAUUAAUACUAGCGGACAUAUUUAGUUCUGGAUUUACCGGUUAGAAAGUCGUGGGCUUUAACAUGACCUUUUUUUAUAACUGCAGACUUUUUACUCUCUAAAAAUGUGUGUACGCCAGAACAACUAUAUCUUAUGUGAACGCAGUCAGGCACCUGUGGUAAUACACCUCCAGUAUUAAAUAUGUUCUCAAUUUGCAUCAUAUCGCUUCCAACAGAGAUUUAGUCACUUUCCGUGAGGACGAUUCGAAGCUCAACUACACAAUCAAGUUUCUGGAAUAAUGUUUUGCCAGUAUGCAACAUGGCGCCCACAUACUCAGCUUCCGCUUUGUCACUAUGGAAUCUAGAUUGUGUCCUAGGAAGUGACGUCUGUAAACAGCAGCGAGUUGUAUCCGUGGCAGCUGAAGCCGAAGGGUACCGGGAGCGAUGGCCAGGGACUCCUUAUCCGAUGCGGGGCUUCACUUUGAUGAGCUGAACAAAUUGCGCAUCUUGGAUCCAGAUGUCGCCCAGCAAACAAACGAAUUAAAGGAGGAAUGCAGAGAUUUUGUAGACAAAAUAGGCCAUUUUCAGAAAGUAGUGGGUGGACUAAUUGAACUUGUUGAUGAGCUAGCAAAAGAAACCGAAAACGAAAAAAUGAAGGCAAUAGGUGCCCGGAACUUAUUAAAAUCUAUAGCAAAGCAAAGAGAAGCCCAGCAGCAGCAACUGUAUGCCUUAAUAGCAGAGAAGAAAAUGCAACUAGAAAGGUACCGAAUAGAAUACGAGGCACUGUGUAAAGUGGAAGCUGAACAAAAUGAAUUUAUUGAUCAAUUUAACCUCCAGAAAUAGCACCACUUGCAGGCUGUGAUUGCUCUGGCUGACUGCGCGGGUCGCUUUAUUUUCCCAGCAAGAAUUUCUUCUCAGUACACACAUUUCAUUGCAAUUCCAGUUGGACAUUGCAGCACUGUUCAAUAAAACAUUCCUCAAUACUACUUGCUCCUUUUGUCUAAAGCAUUCUCGGACACCUGACCAAGCUCUGCUGUUUCAGACAUUUCAUCGUAAAAGAACAAAACCAGCAUUUCUCUCCAGCAAGUAACCGGUCAAGAAGCUUUAAGAGAUACAAGCCUAUUUUUAAAUCAUUGUUAAACAUUAAAAUGUAUUAUUAUACUUUCUAUCUGCCCAAGUGCUUUUUAAACCAUAGUUUAAGUACAGUUAUUAGAUGCUGGACACAAUGUAUUUAAUGCAACACAUCAGCACAUUUAAGAAUGUGUAUUUCCUGCAAUGAACAGUCAUGCAUCAGUAAUAGCCGCUUAGCAGGGAUUAUGCUGGCAUAUUUUGGCUCAGCUUACCCCACCUAAGGUUAUCUAAACCCUGUUUUCACCGAUAUCUCACCCACUUGAAUCAUCACUGUGAAGUUAUAGGCAGGGCUUUGCAUGUCUGUAAAGAUUACGGUUAUAUAUAUUUUUGACAUUGCCUUUGCAGAAAACGCUGUAAGAAGAGCAACUUUGCUCCAUGUAUGCUUAUGUGCAUAUGGGGACAACUCACAUCUUAAAAAUAGCCUCACAGUUUGAGAGAAACAGAUUUAAACGCUUUGCAGAGAUGGGCGGUUAUUAUAAUUGGAAAUGUGAAGAGAAUGACAGCAAAAUUUGCCUAUAUAUAUAUAUAUAUAUAUAUAUAUAUAUAUACACACACACACACACACACACACACACACGUACAUCAUUGGUACUUUAGCAACAACAUUUCUAUAGUGUGUUCUUGUUCAUCAGGGGAAAAUACCCCACAGUUCAUCUUAAAUCAGAAGUAUUGAAAAAGCCGAGCAACGGCGACGGGUAACGUUUUUAUUGGUACGUUUCUACAUACAUGUUGGUCGUGACUGAAACUGGAGUUGGAUUUGUUUAGUUUUUAAUGUAUCUCAUUUUAUAUCAUUUAUUUGCACAUGUUAAAUUGCUUGGAGUGCUGUUGAUCAGUGGAUGGAUAAGUAUUGUGCUCUCAGUGCAUAGAAACAAAUGUUUUAUAUGGAUGCUUUUUUGUGUACAUUUAAUUUGCCUCGAUUUAUAAAAAAAGAAAAAUGUA